UUUUUUUCAGUGUACAUAUACAUAUAUACAUAUAAAUUGUAUAAGGUAUAUGAAUUAUACAUAUGUAUAAUUUUAUUAUUUAAAAUAACUGUUUCGCUAAUUUAAUUGUUGUGUUGGGUUUACGAAUGUGAAAAUGAUACUGUUCCGGUGUGGGGAAACCUUUACAAUCUUUCUUUUCGACAGUUUCUUAUAAUACUUUCACCAUCAAGCUAUUCUCGCAGUAAACGGCAAUACGUGCGUGUGAAUAUAUUGAUGAAAUUCAAUCCAAUCAACUUUCCAAUCAACUUUUUGGUCUCAUAAUGAAAUACAUAAUCAUAACUGCUGCUUUGAUUAACGUUUGCUUGAUGGAUGUAUCGCAUAUUUCGGAAUAUUCGACGACACCAUUACCAUCUCCAAAACCUUAUAGUUUUCAAUACGAAGCAGGACGAUAUCCAGGACAUAUCGAUCGUAUUCAUCAAGAAAUUGGAGAUGGACAUGGAACUAUUCACGGAACAUAUUCGUACAUUGAUCCGAAGCACAAAAUGCGAACAGUAGAAUAUACGGCUGACAAAAAUGGAUUUCAUCCUGCUUUAAUCAAUUUUGAAGAUGUCUUCGUUCAACCUGCCGAUUCGGAACCUGUAAGAUUAGCCAAGGAAAAACAUUUCCGUCUUUAUCACAAGAUUGCAGAGGCAAACGCUCACAAUGUUCCAGUAAAUUUGCCCCGAGAUUCAACGAGCGUGGCAAAAGCAAAGGACAGACACAAUGAAUUGUACCACAGAAUUGCGGAGCAACACGCAGCGAUCGCCGCGCAGAGGGAGGUUGAACGACUGGCUUACGAGGCAACCUCUAUUGCUAAUGACAUAGAUGUCAUAGAUAAUCAUCAGACAUAAUUAAGCUUUGCCCGUGAUACACAUUAAUGUUUGUUAAAAUUCUUUUUUUACUCUGUCGUAAUGAUUGUCUUAUCAGAUUAAUUUAACCAGUAAAAGAUAGAUAUGUCCAAGUACUAAUAUGUGCAAGUACUAAUAUAAUUAUCGCAUGUAAAAGAGCUAGAUGGAAAUAAGCUUGAUAAAAUUAGAAUCUGCGUGAAAUACAAUUAAUUGGAAUUCACAAUAAUAUAGAGAAAUUUAACCAUUAUCAUAAAAUUUUAUAUAAACAAUAGAUUUUUGUCUUUAUGUAUAUCUUUAUCUCUUUUUAUCUUAAUUUAUAAUAAAAUUUGCGUACAUUAUUUUGUAGUUUUUUAAUUGUUUUCGAAAAUACAACAUUAUUACAGAUAAUUUCAAUUACGUUAUACAGAUAAUGUUAGAAAUAUUUCCAGAUAAUUAUAUUUUAUUAAUAACAAAUAAAAAUCAACGUAUAUAAAUAUAUAAAUCAUAAAUUUUGUAACAAUAUAAAACCGUUGUAUAACUCUCUAUUGUGCAGUACAUUCUCAGUUAUCUUCUAAAACCCAACAAAUAACAAAGAAAAAUAAUACUAAUAAUUGUUAUACGUUGUUUCUUUUUUCAUGCUUGUUUUUUCACGUGUGACCAUCCAUUGUAUUUAUUACAUGUGCUAGAAGAUAUGGUCAAAUUAAAAACCCGUCAUUAUUUCCGGAAAUUCCGGAAGUACUAUCAUGCAAACAAAAACUUUUUCGAUGAAAGAUACAUAGAGUAUAAAUAUUGUAAUAAUAUAAAAAGGCUGUCAACAUGUACAUACGUUAGUUCAAGCUCAAAUAUCUCAGUAAAAAAUGAAGUUGUUCGACAAAGUAAUUUGCUUCUUUCUCAUAUGCGUCAUGGCAACAAUGAGCAUGAGCAUUGGAAACUCUGUUUUUGAUAAAGUAGCUUGCGGAAAUUGGAGACGUUGGACUACAGAGCCUUCCACUGCUGCUUCUGGAUAGGUGAAGAAAUCUAAAGAAGAAAAUAAUAUCACACAUAAUGAGAUGACAACAUUAAACCAAAAUAUGGAACUAAAAUAUUACAGACAACAUAGAAGAGAUUUAAAUGUUUAAUUAUUACAUUUGUUGUAAUUAUUAUUAAUCACUCUUUAUGGAUCACUUUUUUGUACAAUGAAACUUGAAAAAUGUUCAAUAUGUGUAUGUGCAUGUAAAUAGAAUACAAAUAUAUAAAUCUAAAAUUUUUCCAAAGA